AUGACCUCAUCAACACAUUCCUCGGACAAACAUAGUCCACACACUUCGCCUCGAUUUUCCAGGCGCAGUACUACGCCCAGUUUGAUGGCAGUACAAAAUGAUUUAUAUGCUGGACAUAUACCAACAUUGUCAUUGGCCGGUCAGCCGCAGCAACAACAACAGCAGGCUGCAACGGCUAAUUAUAUAAGUGCUGCGUCAGUAUUAUCAAGUGGUGGCGGCGUCGGCGGUGGCAUGGUUCAUCAGCCUCCCCCUUCGGCUCCACCAAUGAAUGUGGUCAAUGGUGGCAGCACAGUUCAAUUGCAGGCAGCAACGGCACCUCCAACAGCCAAUAACUCAUCCACACCGCAAUCAUCGUCGUCUGCAGCAACCGUUGUUGUCGUUGCCUCACAAAAGUCUACGAAUCGUAUGAGUGCCCCAUUGAUGGGUACCAAUUCCGUUAUUGUGACUGGUUAUGGCAAUAAAAUUGGCAAUAAAACGGACAUAUGCAAUGACAAUUCCAACUCCUCGUAUGCCAUAUUACAAAAUCUCCAAGAAUCACAGGCUAUUGUCUCCAAAGAGGCCCAAAAACGUGAAGCCACGUGCGUCGCCUUGGCAGCCACUGGCUCGGCACCGUCAUCGGCACCACCAUUGCCACCAAGGAAGUCAUCACCGGGUGCCGAUAAUGUAAAUGUUACUAGUCCCACAAAUGGGCCAAUGAAUGGCGGCGGAGCCAUGCAAAAGAUUGUCAUGCCGCAGACGAGCAAAAGUGUGGACAAUAUUGCAGCUACCUUGGGUGAGAUCUGUGUACCGAAGACCACAGCACCACCCAUACCACCACAUAAUAGCAGUCACGUGGAUAGUUUGGUCGAUGAGAUGCGGGCACAGCGACUCACAACAACAGCAACAUCUCUUGUGGCAACGACACUUGCCACAACAACCACAACAAAUCUGCUCGAUGAUGAUAUUGUGGGGCCAGCUGAAACUAUUAUGGGUGUCAUUGAUACCCGGCCCCUGGAGGCAAGAUCCACAAUAAUUGGUAAUUAUACACAUUUAUGUAGCAAUACCACAACUGGCAGCAACAACACUAUCACCACCUUGGCAUCUUCCUCCUCGACGUCGUCGUCUUCGAAUACAAAUUGCAACAACAAUCUACGUAAUGAUCUGAAAAUUACAAGCAAUGAAACCACAACAACAGCAGCAGCAACACCAAAUAACCGAACAAUAGCAAAUCUCCAACAACAGCAACAUCAUCCUCACAACAAUCACCACCAACAGCAGCAUCAUCAACAGCCUUUACUUUAUGAAAACAUUUCCAUCAAUCAAAAGGUGGUCGUCGGCGACUGUACCGUACCCUAUGAGAAUAUCAAUUUGGAAUAUAUAGCUCGGCUAAUGAACGAAGGCUAUUCCAAAGAGAACGCCAUUACGGCCUUGGGUAUAUCACGAAAUAAUAUUGAAAUGGCUUGUGAUAUUCUACGAGAAUUUGUUGCAAAAAAUAGUGUUUAA